AAUCAUUUUCAUCUAAAAUUUUAUCUUCAUUGUGGCUGAAAGUGUUUGUUCAAGAGUUUCAACAGUGUGCGGCGAUGGGAGCAAUGCAAUGAUUCCGCCAUUUUCUUCACGUCACUUUCCACACCAACUUCGUCAUUGUUAAUCCCCAAUUGCUGCUACAUAAUGUUGAUUUGAAACCCUAACCCUAAUCCCCAAAAUUUUCAACAUUCACACAACAUGUCAAGCGGCUCUAUCCCAAUUGAAGCUCCCACUUCAACAUCCGGAUGCGCAAUUUCAAAUGCGUAUUCAUCACCAGGAGGAUUAUUUCUUGAUAACAAUGUUCUUCCCCAUUAUAUAAUAAACGCCGUCGUUUCACCGGAGAACGGUUCUACCCGGCGGAGCCACGGUGGUGGGGGUGUUUUCCCGCGAAAAAGAUUGGGUUUUGGAGGUGGGUUUUUGUCAGUUAGUUUGUCAGUUAAGGGGAGUGAUGAGGGUGUGGGUAAAAAUUCGACAAAACAGUUUGUGGCGGCGGCGGUGGGUGGCGGCAGCGGCGGUGUGGUGGUUGAGGAGAAGAAGGUUAGUUUGAAAGUGAGAAGAAAGCCUGCUGCUAUGAAUACUACAAAGCAUUUGUGGGCUGGGGCUGUUGCUGCUAUGGUUUCAAGAACUUUUGUGGCGCCACUUGAAAGACUAAAGCUGGAAUAUAUGGUUCGUGGUGAACAGAAGAAUUUAUUUGAGUUAAUUAAAGCCAUUGCUUCUUCUCAAGGUUUAAGAGGCUUCUGGAAGGGAAAUUUUGUUAAUAUUCUUCGAACCGCCCCAUUUAAAGCUCUAAAUUUUUGUGCAUACGAUUCCUAUAGAAAGCAACUUAUGAGGUUCACUGGAAAUCAAGAAACAACCAACUUUGAACGCCUUUUUGCUGGUGCUGGUGCUGGCAUGACCGCUAGUAUUCUUUGCUUACCACUUGACACUAUUAGAACAAAGUUGGUAGCGCCAGGUGGCGAAUCCUUGGGUGGCGUGAUAGGAGCAUUCCGCCACAUCAUCGAAACCGAAGGAUUCUUCUCAUUAUAUAAAGGAUUGGUUCCUUCAAUCUUAAGCAUGGCGCCUUCAAGUGCAGUCUUUUAUGGAGUUUACGAUAUAUUAAAAUCAGCGUAUCUAAAUUCACCCGAAGGCAAACAAAGAAUUAAAUACAUGAAGCAGCAGGGUGAAGAUUUGAAUAUAUUGGAACAGCUAGAAUUGGGACCAAUGAGAACGUUAUUACACGGUGCUAUUGCUGGUGCUUGUGCUGAGGUGGCGACUUACCCGUUUGAGGUUGUUAGAAGGCAGUUACAGUUGCAAGUUAGAGCAAAUAAAAUGAGUGCGUUAGCCACGUGUUUCAAAAUUGUUGAAAAUGGAGGUGUUUCCGCUCUUUAUGCAGGACUUAUUCCUAGUUUAUUACAGGUAUUACCUUCGGCUGCAAUAAGCUACUUUGUGUACGAGUUCAUGAAGAUCGUUCUCAAGGUGGAGUAAGUUUUACAUAACAAUUCAUAGAUGCCGCAAUUCAUUAUUUGAUAGAUGUAAUUUUACUACAAAAUUAAACCCGAUUGAUACCCGUGUUCUUGACCAUUUAUUGCUUUGAGAUCAUUAUUGCGUAUCAAAAGAAAUUUGGAAAAUUACUUCUUUCA